AUGGUCGCUGUGCCAUUAAUUCGGCGUCAAUUGCCUCAGGCAGCGGCAUUGACUUCUUCAGCUAAACGUUUAUCUCUGUCAGGCAUCAGUCGAUCGUGUAUGGCUCUGCCCAGCUCUCGUGUGCGGCCCAACUCAACCAGCUCCAUCCAGUAUUAUGCUCAAAAACCAUAUCCAUACCCCCGAAACGGUCCAUUACGUCGUCAAAGGUCUUCGCGAGUGACAUGUGAGAGCAGGUCAUACCAUCAUUCUGCCUCCGACCUUUCUUCCUCGAACGCUCAUUUCUCCCCGGAACAAGCCUCAAUACUCUCUCUUGCUCUUGGAGAUCAUGUCCCUAGGCUUGGAUUCACAACUGAAGCUGUUGUUCUUGCAGCGCAGGAUGUCGGUUACCCAGAGGUGUCCUUACAGCUGUUUCCCCGUGGAGGGGAAAUUGAGCUUAUCAUAUAUUGGCUAUCAACAAGACGAGCUCUCUUGAAAGAGAAAGUUCAAAGUGGAGGGAUAUUCGAUGCAGAGGGGCAGAAACUAAGUGUCGAUCAAAAGGUGAAGAGACUUGUCAUGGAAAGGUUGAAGAUGAACAGUGGUAUAAUCCAGCAUUGGCAAGAUGCUCUAGCAUUAAUGUCGUUACCCACAAACAUUUCCUCGUCACUGCAUGAGUUGUAUGAGCUUUCUUCUGAUAUCCUCUAUCUGGCUGGAGAUCGCGCUGUAGAUUCGUCGUGGUACUCAAAGCGGCUUUCUGUGUCAACGGUAUAUGCCACCGCUGAAAUUACGAUGACGGAAGAUAAAUCCGAAGGGUUUACUUCUACAGCGGAGUUUGUUGAAAGACGUUUUGGAGAUACCGAUGCUAUCACUGGAGCUGUCAAUGAUGUGAAGACCUAUGUAGGUUUUCUAGGCGGUAGUUUGGUUGCGGCUGGAAGGAGCAUUGGUAUGAAAAUAUAA